GUUAUCAGAUUCCGAGGCUACAAAAGAACCCCGACCGUAGCCGUGCAAUUCACCCGUAACGGCAAACGCUGCAUGCACCUAUUCGCCAUAGUACGGCGUGCCUAUCGUAAGAUUUGCGAUAUGUGACUACAGGUACAAUCUGCAUCUGCCUAGAACUCGCGAAUGCUUGGAGAUAACGCGAAGGAAUCGGGUACAGUAAACGAACCCCGCUGGGACAAUUCAUUGAUAAUCUCACGCAAUCGCUCAUCUCGUUCAAGAGAUUCAUCGUUUGCUUCAAUGGGAGCGAGCAUUUGUAGUUGAUUAGGGAAAUACAGCAGAAGACAGACGAAUUGACAAAGAGUGAAGAGUUGAAGAUUUACAACUUCAACUCCCGGCUUCACCAUGAUCAUCUCCAAAAGCGCCAUUGCUUCGGGCAUUUUGCUCGCAGGCAGCGCGACAGCUCAAUUACGACUACCCCCGUUCUUUGCGGCCAAGCAGCAAGCCCUGGGCCCUUCUGCCAGAUCCCAAUUUCAAAGCUUCGGGUUCAGCGAGCAGCAGCCAUUGACCGGCUCAAACAUUGGGACAGCGACAUCAUCCUCGUCAACAGAUGAUAUCCCCGCCUUCAAGGCCGGCCAGUUCACUCUGACGCCACAAGAUGAUUCUACGUGUGCUACGUAUGGCGAGUCGCAAUGGACCGGCACCAUCGACGUGACGGACUCGCAUCGCCUCUUCUUCUGGUUCUUCGACAGCCGCAACGACCCCGUCAACGACCCCAUCAUCAUCUGGAUGAACGGAGGGCCCGGCGGCAGCUCAAUGCUGGGCCUCUUCAACGAGCUGGGAGCUUGCUGGCUCGAGCCCGGCGCAAACACCACGAUUCCAAAUGACUUUGCCUGGAACAACAACGCAUCAGUGCUCUUCCUGGACCAACCCGCCGGCGUCGGCUUGUCCUCUCGCUCUAAAGAUUCUCCAAUCCCAGCAUAUGAUCUCGACGGCGCAUCCGACUUUCAGACCUUCCUCAACAUCUUCUUCAGCGAAAUCUUUCCCGACCGCGCCAGCCUACCAAUUCACAUUGCCGCGGAAUCCUACGGCGGCCACUACGGUCCUACAUACUUAAACCACAUCCUCAACUCACGAAGUCUCAACUCGCGCGACGCCUUCCACGGCAACAUCACCUCGCUGAUCCUGGUCGACGCCGUCAUCGACUUUGCCGCCCCUGCAGUGGGCGUGUACGAGUUUCUGUGCAAGGGCUAUGGGCACCACGGCAAGAUUAUGAACGACACGACGUGCGAGGCGCUGAGGUUGAGCGUGCCCAAGACGUUUGAGCUGGCUAGGAAUUGUGACGCCAGCAGUGAUGGGUAUGAGUGUUGGGGCAUGAUGACGUUUCUGGAAGAGAUUGUGCAUCCGUACUAUUAUGCCGAAGUCGAGGCAGGCAAGAGGAAUCCGUUCAACGUCCAUAUUCCGUGUCCCAACUGGCCCUUCUGCGCAGACAUCAGAAAAGGCAACAUGUCAGCCUACAUCAACCAAGCCCACAUCAAAAAGGCCCUCAAGCUCCCCCCGUCCUAUAUUUUCGAGGACAUUGACAUGGUCCUCAACUCCGCCUUCGUCCUCUCCAAAGAUCCCUUCCGGACCACCACCCGCGAGCUCGCCCGCAUCCUCGACGCCUACCGAACCCCCAACCUGGGCGACAUUCGCGUGCUGGUUCUGCAGGGCAACGAGGACUACGUCGUCAACACGCCGGGCAACAUCUGGGCGUACGAGAACCUGCGCUGGAGCGGGCUGGCGGACUAUCGUCUCGCGCCGUGGCGGGAGCUGCCGGAGAGCAUGGCGGCGACGGGGUCGUGGAAGAGCUCCGGCCGGCUGGCGUUUGUGGCCGUGGACGGAGCGGGCCAUACCGUGCCGGGGGAUGUGCGUGAGGGCAGCUACAGGAUUGCGCAGGAAUGGCUCGAGGGAGGAUGGAGGGCGUGAAGCAGCUUUGGGGUGGAGGGUUCUGGUGUAAGUAGUUUUUAGUAGCAAGUCUUCAACUUGUGAGCAUGUGAGCCGAGGCUCAUGUACGAGGACGCCAUAGGAAGAGGG